AUGGGUUCCCUGUGGAGCUGGUGGAAACUCUGGGCCGGAGCAGCCCUCCUGUGGGCUCAGCUGUCCCCGGCGGAGCCGGAGCCGUCCUGCGAAGGCGUGCAGUGUGCAGCCUCCCAGCGCUGCCAGCUGGUGGGCGGGAAGGCCCAGUGCGUGGCGGAGCCUACGGCCGUCUGCAGGGCCCAGGGGGACCCCCAUUACACCACCUUCGACGGCCGUCGCUACGACAUGAUGGGCACCUGCUUGUACACUAUGGCCGAGCUGUGCAGUGAGGACAACACCCUGCCCGCCUUCAGCGUGGAGGCCAAGAACGAGCACCGGGGCAGCCGCCAGGUCUCCUACGUGGGCUUAGUCACCGUGCGCGCCUACAGCCACGCCGUGUCGCUGGCCCGCGGGGAAGUUGGCUUCGCCCGGAUUGACAACCAGCGUUCAUGCCUGCCCGCCUCUCUGGGCGAGGGUCGCCUGCGUGUGUAUCAGAGCGGGAACCAGGCUGUGGUGGAGCUGGACUUCGGGCUGGUGGUCACCUACAACUGGGACUGCCAGGUGACACUGAGUCUACCCACAAAAUUCCACAACCAGGUGUGCGGGUUGUGUGGUAAUUAUAAUGGCGACCCCACUGAUGACUUCCUUACCCCCGACCUGGAGCCGGCUCCUGAUGCUGUGGAGUUUGCCAAGAGCUGGAAGCUAGAUGAUGGGGACUACCUGUGCGAGGAUGGUUGCCAGAGCAACUGUCCCUCCUGCACCCCGGGCCAGGCCCAACACUAUGAAGGCAAUGGUCUCUGUGGCAUGCUGACCCGGCUUGAUGGCCCCUUCACUGUCUGCCAUGAUACCCUGGAUCCCCAGCCCUUCCAGGAGGAGUGUGUGUACGACCUGUGUGUGACCAGCGGGGAACGGCUCAGUCUAUGCCGUGCUCUCAGCACAUAUGCCCAGGCCUGUGUGGAGCUUGGCAUCUCUGUUGGGGACUGGAGGUCACCAGCCAACUGCCCCCUGGCUUGUCCGGCCAACAGCCGCUACGAGCUCUGCGGCCCCGCCUGCCCGGCCACCUGCAACUCGGAGGCGGCGCCGUCCAACUGCUCCGGGCGCCCGUGCGUCGAGGGCUGCGUGUGCCUCCCGGGCUUCGUGGCCAGCGGCGGCGCCUGCGUGCCGGCCUCGUCGUGCGGCUGCACCUUCCAGGGCCGCCCCCUCUCUCCCGGCCAGGAGGUGUGGGCCGACGACCUGUGCCGGCGGCGCUGCUCCUGCGACGAGGCCACCCGGCAGGUGAGCUGCCGCGACACGCAGGGCUGCCCGGAGGGCGAGCGCUGCGACGUCCAGAACGGCCUCCUGGGUUGCUACCCCGACGGCUUCGGGAGCUGCCAGGGCUCUGGAGAUCCGCAUUACGUGAGCUUCGAUGGCCGGCGCUUCGACUUCAUGGGCACCUGCACCUACCUGCUGGUCGGCUUGUGCAGCCAGAACGCUUCGCUGCCGGCCUUCCGGGUGCUGGUGGAAAACGAGUAUCGAGGCAGCCAGACCGUGAGCUACACGCGCGCCGUGCGGGUGGAGGCCCGCGGCGUGACCGUGGCCGUGCGCCGGGAGCACCCCGGGCAAGUGCUGGUGGACAGUGUCCUUCAGUACCUGCCCUUCCAUGCAGCAGAUGGGCAGGUUCAGGUGUUCCGCCAGGGCAAUGAUGCUGUCGUGCGCACGGACUUUGGCCUGACGGUCACCUACAACUGGAAUGCCCUAGUGACUGCCAAGGUGCCCAGCAGCUACUCUGGGGCCCUGUGUGGGCUCUGUGGGAACUUCAAUGGGGACCCAGGUGAUGACCUGGCUCUGCGGGGUGGGGGCCAAGCUGCCAAUGCACUGGCCUUUGGGAACAGCUGGCAGGAGGAGACAAGGUCUGGCUGCGGAGCGGCUGAACCAGGUGACUGUCCCAAGCUGGAUUCCCUGGUGGCCCAGGAGCUGCAGAGCAAGAAGGAAUGUGGGAUCCUUGCUGACCCUGAGGGGCCCUUCCGGGAGUGUCAUGUCAUGGUGGAUGCUGAGGGUGCUGUGCGUGACUGUGUCUAUGACCUUUGCCUGCUGCCAGGCCAGUCCACGCCACUGUGUGAUGCGUUGGCCACAUAUGCUGCUGCAUGCCAGGCUGCUGGGGCCACCGUACACCCUUGGAGGAGUGAGAAACUUUGCCCACUGAGCUGCCCACCCCACAGCCACUACGAGGUGUGUUCCCACGGCUGCCCGCUGUCCUGUGGAGACCUCCCAGUGCCUGGGGGAUGUGGCUCAGAAUGCCAUGAGGGCUGUGUGUGCGACGAGGGCUUUGUGCUCAGUGGCGAAUCCUGCGUGCCUCUGGCUUCCUGUGGCUGCAUACAUGAGGGCACCUACCACCUGCCAGGCCAGACCUUCCAUCCUGGGUCCAAUUGCACUUCCCUUUGCCAAUGCCAGGAGGGCGGCCUGGUGUCCUGUGAACCCUUCACCUGCGGCCCACAUGAGGACUGCCAGCCAUCCAGAGGCAUCCUGGGCUGUGUGGCUGUGGGCUCUGCCACCUGCCAAGCAUCAGGAGACCCCCAUUACACUACCUUCGAUGGCCGCCGCUUCGACUUCAUGGGCACCUGUGUGUACACACUGGCUCGAACCUGCGGGACCCGACCCGGCCUGCACCAGUUUGCCGUUCUGCAGGAGAAUGUGGCCUGGGGCAAUGGGAAAGUCAGUGUGACCAGAGACAUCACGGUCCAGGUGGCUAACUUCACCCUGCGGCUGGAGCAGGGGCAGAAGAAGGUCACGGUCAACGGUGUGGACCUGAAGCUGCCGGUGGUGCUGGCCGAAGGCCAGAUCCGUGCCUCCCAGCAUGGUUCAGACAUUGUGAUCGAGACCAACUUUGGCCUGCGUGUGGCCUAUGACCUCCAGUACUAUGUGCAGGUCACCAUCCCAGGCAACUACUACCAGCAAAUGUGUGGCCUGUGUGGGGACUACAAUGGUGACCCCAAGGAUGACUUCCGGAAGCCCAAUGGCUCGCAGGCAGACAAUCCCAACGAGUUUGGCAAUUCGUGGGAGGAGACAGUGCCCGGUUCUCCCUGCCUGCCGCCGCCCACCUGCGAGCACGGGAGCAAGGGCUGCACUCCCAGCACCCCCGAAUGUAGUGCUGAGCUGGAGGAGAAGUAUCAGAAGGAGCAGUUCUGCGGGCUCCUCACCAGCCCCACAGGGCCACUGGCCUCCUGCCACAAGCUGGUCAACCCCCAGGGUCCCUUGCAAGACUGUGUCUUUGAUCUCUGCCUGGGUGGUGGGAACCUCAGCAUUCUCUGUACCAACAUUCAUGCCUACGUGAGUGCUUGCCAAGCCUCUGGAGGCCACGUGGAGACCUGGCGGAGUGAAUCUUUCUGUCCGAUGGAGUGCCCCCCCAACAGCCACUAUGAGGUCUGUGCGGACACCUGUUCCCUGGGCUGUUCAGCUCUCAGUGCCUCCCCACAGUGCCCAGAUGGGUGUGCUGAAGGCUGUCAGUGUGACCACGGCUUCCUUUAUGAUGGCCAAGCCUGCGUGCCCAUCCAGCAAUGUGGCUGCUACCACAACGGCGUCUACUAUGAGCUGGAGCAGACAGUACUCACUGACAGCUGCCAGCAGCAGUGCGUGUGCCAUGCGGGUCAAGGCAUGGUGUGCCAGGAUCACAGCUGCAAGCCAGGGCAGGUGUGCCAGCCUUCAGGAGGUGUCCUGAGCUGUGUUACCAAAGACCCAUGCCAUGGUGUGACGUGCCGGCCACAGGAGACGUGCAAAGACCAAGGUGGCCAGGGCAUGUGCGUGCCUAACUAUGAGGCCACGUGCUGGCUGUGGGGUGACCCACACUACCACUCCUUCGAUGGCUGGAACUUUGACUUCCAGGGCACCUGCAACUAUGUGCUGGCGGCAGCUGGCUGCCCAGGGGUCAGCGCCCAGGGCCUGACACUCUUCACUGUCACCACCAAGAAUGAGAACCGGGGCAACCCCACUGUGUCCUUUGUGAAGCUAGUCACUGUGACUACCCUCGGCACCAACAUCUCCAUCCACAAGGGAGAGAUUGGCAAAGUCCGGGUGAACGGUUUGCUGACAUCACUGCCUGUCUCCGUGGCUGGUGGGCGGCUUUCAGUGACCCAGGGCACAUCAAAAGCGGUGCUAGUGGCUGACUUCGGGCUGCGAGUCAGUUAUGACUGGAACUGGGGGGUAGAGGUGACACUGCCCAGUAGUUAUCAUGGUGCAGUGUGCGGGCUCUGCGGGAACAUGGACCAUAACCCCAACAAUGACCAAGUCUUUCCUAACGGCACACUGGCUCCCUCGAUACCUGUCUGGGGUGGCAGCUGGCAAGUCCCAGGAUGGGACCCACUGUGCUGGAACGAAUGUCAGGGGUCCUGCCCAACGUGCCCUGAGGACCGACUGGAGGAGUAUGAGGGACCUGGCUUCUGCGGACCCCUGGUCCCUGGCACAGGGGGCCCCUUCACCACCUGCCAUGCCCUUGUGCCGCCCGAUAGCUUCUUCAAGGGUUGUGUUCUGGAUGUGUGCCUGGGUGGUGGGGCCCACGACAUACUUUGCCAGGCACUAGCUGCCUAUGCUGCUGCCUGCCAGGCUGCUGGGAUUGUCAUCAAGGACUGGCGGACACAGGCCGGCUGUGAGAUCUCUUGCCCAGACAACAGCCACUAUGAACUCUGUGGCCCACCCUGCCCGGCCAGCUGUCCAUCCCCUGCAGCACCCACGACCCCAACCCCAUGUGAGGGCCCCUGCGUGGAGGGCUGCCAGUGCAACGCAGGCUUCGUGUUGAGUGCUGACCGCUGUGUUCCCCUGGAAGGCGGCUGCGGCUGCUGGGCCAAUGGCACCUACUAUGAGGCAGGCAGCGAGUUUUGGGCUGAUGCCACCUGCUCCCAGUGGUGCCGCUGUGGGCCUGGGGGUGACUUGCUGGUCUGCACGCCUGCCAGCUGCAGGCUAGGCGAAGAGUGUGUCCUGCUGCCCUCGGGCCAGCAUGGCUGCCACCCUGUCAGCACAGCUGAGUGUAAGGCCUGGGGCGACCCCCACUAUAUCACCCUGGAUGGGCACCGAUUCGACUUCCAAGGCACCUGCGAGUACUUGCUGAGCGCACCCUGCCAUGCACCACCUACGGGGGCUGAGAACUUCACUGUCACUGUAGCCAAUGAGCACCGGGGCAGCCAGGCUGUCAGCUACACGCGCAGUGUCACUCUACACAUCCACAACCACAGCCUGACCCUGAGUGCUCGCUGGCCCCGGCAGCUACAGGUGGACGACGAGCUCGUGUCGCUGCCCUUCCAGCUGGCCUCCCUCCUGCACGCGCACUUGAGCGGCGCCGACGUGAUAGUGGCCACUGCCUCCGGGCUCUCUCUGGCUUUUGACGGGAACAGCUUCGUACGCCUGCGCGUGCCGGCGGCGUACGCGGGCGCCCUCUGUGGCCUGUGCGGGAACUACAACCAGGAACCCGAGGACGACCUCAAGGCGGUGGGCGGGAACCCCAGCGGCUGGCAAGUGGGCGGUGCCCCCGACUGCGGAGAGUGCGUGCCUGGGCCGUGCCCGCAGCCGUGCACCGCUGAGCAGCAGGAGCCCUUCGGCCGCCCUGACGCCUGCGGCAUUAUCUCGGCCUCCGAUGGUCCGCUGGCGCCCUGCCACGGCCUCGUGCCACCCGCGCAGUACUUCCAGGCCUGCUUACUGGAUGCCUGCCAGGCUCAGGGCCAUCCAGGAGGCCUCUGUCCUGCCGUGGCCGCCUACGUGGCAGCCUGCCAGGCCGCUGGGGCCCAGCUCGGCGAGUGGAGGCGGCCGGAUUUAUGUCCCCUCCAGUGCCCUGCCCACAGCCACUACGAGCUCUGCAGUGACUCCUGUCCCGUGAGCUGCCCGAGCCUCUCAGCGCCUGAGGGCUGUGAGCCGGCCUGCCGUGAGGGCUGUGUCUGCGAUGCUGGCUUCGUACUCAGUGGCGACACCUGUGUACCUGUGGGCCAGUGUGGCUGCUUCCACGAUGGCCGCUACUACCUGCUGGGUGAAGCCUUCUACCAGGGCCCUGAAUGUGAACGGCACUGUGAGUGUGGGCCGGGUGGCCAUGUCAGCUGCCAGGAGGGCACAGCCUGCGGGCCCUAUGAGGAGUGCCGGUUACAGGACGGUGUCCAAGCCUGUCAUGCCACUGGCAGUGGCCGCUGCCUGGCUAGUGGGGGCGUCCACUACGUCACCCUUGAUGGACACGUCUAUGACCUGCACGGCUCCUGCUCCUAUGUCCUGGCCCAGGUCUGCCGCCCAAAGCUUGGGGACGAGGUCUUUACCAUCGUGCUGGAGAAGAACAUGACUGGAGACCCCCAACGCCUGCUGGUUACUGUGGAUGGCCAGGUUGUGGGCCUGGCUCGGGGGCCGCAGGUCACCGUGGAUGGUGAGGCUGUGGCCCUGCCUGUGGCGAUGGGCCCAGUGCGGGUAACGGCUGAAGGCCGAAACAUGGUUCUGCAGACAACCAAGGGGCUGUGGCUUCUCUUUGAUGGUGAUGCCCACGUCCUCAUGUCCAUCCCUAGCCCCUUCCGUGGGCGGAUCUGUGGCCUCUGUGGGAACUUCAACGGCAACUGGAGUGAUGACUUUGUCCUGCCCAGUGGCACAGCGGCCCCCAGUUUGGAGGCCUUUGGAGCUGCGUGGCGGGCACCUGGCUACUCCCAGGGCUGUGGUGAGGGCUGCGGGCCCCACGGUUGCCCUGUGUGCUCAGUGGAGGAGACAGCACCAUAUGAGAGCAACCAGGCCUGCGGGCAGCUCAAGGACCCUCAGGGACCCUUUGCGACCUGCCAUGAGGUGCUGAGCCCCUCUGAGUACUUCCGCCAAUGCGUGUAUGACCUGUGUGCCCAAAAGGGUGACAGAGCCUUCCUCUGCCGCAGCCUGGCAGCCUACACAGCGGCCUGUCAGGCAGCCGGUGUGGCAGUGAAGUCGUGGAGGACAGACAGCUUCUGCCCGCUCCAGUGCCCCGCCCACAGCCACUACUCCAUCUGCACACACACCUGCCAGGGCUCCUGUGCAGCUCUCUCUGGCCUCAAGGGCUGCACCACCCACUGCUUUGAGGGCUGUGAGUGCGAUGAUCGCUUCCUGUUCUCCCAGGAUGUCUGCAUCCCUAUUCGAGACUGCGGCUGCACCCAUAAUGGCCGAUACUUGCCGGUGAACUCCUCCCUGCUGACCUCAGACUGCAGUGAGCGCUGUUCCUGUUUCUCAAGCACUGGCCUGACAUGCCAGGCAGCUGGCUGCCCACUAGGCCGUGUGUGUGAGGUCCAGGCUGGAGCCCGGGACUGCUGGGUCCCCCCUGGUCUCUGUUCCCUCUCUAUGGGCACCAACCUCACCACCUUUGAUGGGGCCCACAGUGCCAUCAGUUCACCUGGCGUCUAUGAGCUCUCUUUCCGCUGCCCAGGAGUAGGGAAGACCAUCCCCUGGUACCGUAUACUUGCUGAGGUCCAUUCCUGCCAUGAUAAAGUGGAGGAGGUGGUCCUUGUCCACAUCUUCUUCCAUGAUGGAAUAGUUACUAUGACCCGAAACAAGGGCGUAUGGGUGAAUGGUCUCCGAGUGGAUCUCCCAGGGGAGGUGUUAACAUCUGUGUCUGUGAGUCAGACACCCAAUGGCUCCAUACUAGUCCGCCAGAAGGCAGGGAUCCAUGUAUCUCUUGGAAUCAAUGGACAACUGGCUGUGAUGGUCAGCAAUGACCAUGCUGAGAUGCUGUGCGGGGCCUGUGGAAACUUUGACGGGGACCAGACCAAUGAUGGGAAGACGGCGAUGGAAAGAUGGCAAGCAAAGGACUUCUCCUCAUGUGAUGGCUGAUCAGUCAUCCAACGAUGAUGAAGUCUUCAGGACCUGAUCACCCUGGAGGUCGCAAUGGUUGAAGGAUGC